GAUCCCUGUUGAUCUUCUCCGCAUUUCUGGCCCGCAUUCCAACUUCCUUCCCCUUGUCACCUCCGUCACGCCCACCAGUCCACUUCUCCAUCAUGCCUCCUUCUCUUCCCUUCCUUUUACCGUGGUCUUUGUGGAUUAAUUGUUUAUCUCCCACUGUGUCGCACUCCACCGGCUUCCUAAAAUACCUAGGCUCGUCAUGACACGCUCUUUGGCACUUAUCGUCGUUCUAGCAGCCAGUAUAGGCGCUACAGGUGCUACAGUUCGCGAUGAGCAGGCGAUUCUGCGGCGUUCCUGUCCUGACUACCUAUCCUAUUCCUCUGUCGGACAUGCCCCGUACAGCGGCGGUGCCUUGAAUCUGCCGUUCCAGCGCCCUUCUGUCGAAUGCCGGACCUUCUCGUCACCUGCAGUAGAGACUGUCAUUGAAGAUGUGACGUCGCGAAUGGUCGACAAAGACCUCGCGCAGCUGUUCCGGAAUGCCUUUCCCAACACGCUAGACACGACCAUCCGCUGGCACGUCAACGGGACCCAGACAUCAACGUCAACAGAUUCCCCGAAGCGGAAACGAGCUAACAACAACGCACCUCAAUGGCAAGGGCUGCAGUCCUUCAUAGUCACCGGCGACAUCAACGCCGAAUGGCUGCGCGACUCGACCAACCAGCUCUCCGGCUAUCAGGCCCUGGCCAAGAAGGACCAGGCUCUCUACAACCUCAUCCUGGGCGCCAUCAACACCCAGGUGGAAUACGUCAUCCAGUCCCCCUACUGCAAUGCCUUCCAGCCGCCCUCGGCAAGUGGCAUCCAACCGGCCAGCAGCAGCCAGCAGGACACGGUCACGCCAGCGUACAACACCUCCGUGGUCUUCGAGUGCAAGUACGAGCUCGACUCGCUGGCCAACUUCCUCGCGCUGGGCACCCAGUUCCACGAGCACACGGGGUCGACCGAGUUUCUGACUCCGAGAUGGUACCAGGCCCUCGACACCGUGCUGCGGGUCCUCGACGCCCAGUCCCAACCAACCUUCAACGCCGCCCAGCAGUACGUGACGAACGAGUACACCUUCCAGCGCCAGACGACCCUGGGCACCGAGACCCUCAAUCUCGCGGGCAUCGGCAACCCGCUCAACGGCGGCACGGGGCUCAUCCGCAGCGCCUUCCGGCCCAGCGACGACGCCACCAUCCUGGGCUUCUUCAUCCCGCCGAACGCCAUGAUGGCCGUGCAGCUGCAGAAAACUGCCGCGGUGCUGCGCCGCCACGCCGCGGCGGCGGGGGACGGGAACAACAACAACAAAAACAACGCAACCCACCUCGAUUUCGUCGCGGAUGACCUGCAGUCCCGCGGGGAGAAGCUCGCGCAGGCCGUCCGCGAGCACGGCAUCGUCCAUCACCCGGUGUACGGCGACGUCUACGCCUUCGAGGUGGACGGAUACGGCUCGCGCAUCCUGAUGGACGACGCGAACGUGCCCUCGCUGCUCUCGCUGCCGCUUUUAGGUUUUGUCGACCAGCAGGACCCCGUCUACCAGAACACGCGCAAGAUGAUCUUGAGUCCCGCCGGAAACCCGUACUAUCUGACCGGGUCGGAUUUCCAUGGUAUCGGGGGUCCGCAUAUCGGUCUACAGAAUGCAUGGCCCAUGUCCCUGCUCGUGCAAGCGAUGACAUCGGACAACAUCACCGAAAUCACCGAGUGCGUGAACCUGGUCCGCAACUCGAGUCUGCUGGGUUUGGUCCACGAGUCGAUCAACGUGAACAACAUCUCCACGUACACGCGGCCGUGGUUCGCGUGGGCAAACUCGGUCUUCGCGCAGACGAUCCUCAAGCUCGCCGCCGAGAAGCCCGCUUUGGUGUUUGGGGAGGGGGCCGAGCCGUAUGUUAUUGAGUAGAGAGUGUGUGUGUGUAUGUGUGUGUGUGUGUGUUUGGAGUGUGCGGGCGAGUACUCGGCUCGUGAGACACAUGACGCUCGCUGGUGUUGAGUUUGGCCUGCGGCUUUUAUGAGCGUGUACAUACAUCUAACCCCCAAUAGCAUACCGAGCAUUCAGUCAGCUGGAUGUCGCUAGGCUGGAUUCCGCUUGAGACAAAGCAUAUACAUCGUCC